UUAGCAAAUAAAAUCUUCAAUUGCUCGAAAAGCGUGACUUACUCCUAUGACGAUAUUUUUUAUUUAUUGAUCGUGUUAUCGGGCUCGGUUCCGUUUCGGUAAUAGGUAGAGGUAAUGAAGUUUGUAGAUUUAGUAUUCACGAGAUCAGUAAAUAUUGCCAGUGGCUGUUUGGCGCGUUAGUCUUUGCCUAGACCCCGAGCUGUCCGCGUCGGUCCCGCGUUUCGUUUCCCGCGUUUUUCGUUUUCGCGCGCUUUUGUGUUUGUCUUUGGUCUUUGCGGCCAGUAUCUGCUUCUCUGUGCAAGUUUGAAUUUGGAAUAUUGGAACAAGAUGGAAGUAGGCGUGCGGAUAGUCGGCGUGAUCCUUCGUCUGAUAAACUUUCUUCUGCACCCGCUGUUCUGGCUGGCGUCCGCCCGUGGCCCGAAGCUGCGGGUGCCUCCACCAAAGCCCUUGCACCUCCGAAGCGCCACCGACCUAGCCCGAGCCGUCAGAGAUGGAGAGAUGACAAGCGAAGAACUAGUGGCAGCUUUCAUCGAGCGUGUCAAAGAAGUAAACCCGAUCCUCAACGCCGUUGUCGACGAGAGAUAUGCAUCAGCUCUCGUGGAAGCGAAGGAGGUGGACCGACAGAUAGAAGAGGCAAGAACAAAUGGGAAGUCUCAAGAGAUGUUUCAGAAAAAACCUCUGCUGGGUGUUCCUUUUACGGUUAAAGAGAGCUGCUCUCUCGCUGGUAUGUCGAACUCCGUCGGCUGCCUAGAGAACGCCGGGAGCCGCGCCACGACCGACGGCGCAGCCGUCAGACUGGUCAAAGAAGCUGGUGCCAUACCACUACUAGUAUCGAAUACACCAGAGCUCUGCCUCGGGUGGGAGACGACUAAUCUGCUCAACGGGACGACGAAUAAUCCUUAUUGUGUUAGUCAUACGCCGGGCGGAUCGUCGGGUGGAGAGGGCGCCCUGCUGGCAUGCGGUGCUUCAGUAUUCAGUGUGGCAUCAGACAUCGCUGGCUCCAUUCGGCUGCCGGCUGCGUUUUGCGGCGUUUUUGGACAUAAACCUACACCAGGCAUCAUCCCAAUAGAAGGCCACAUCCCCACCCUGAACGACGAGAACUACCCCAAAUUCCUCACAGUCGGGCCCAUGACCAGAAAAGCGGAAGACCUGCCCCUCCUCCUCAAUAUAAUGGCUGGAGACAACAGAAGCAAGUUUAGAUUGGACGAGCCGGUGGACUUAAGCAAGCUUAAGGUGCUAUACAUGACGGAAGCCACGGACGCGAUACCGCUGAUGCCGGUGCACUCCGGCAUCAAGCAGGCCGUCCGCGCCGCCGCGCGCUGCCUGGCGGAGGGCGGCGCCACGCUCAGCCAGGAAAAAUUCGAAGAACUAGAAAACUCUGUGGAAUUAUCAAUAUCAGUGUUCUUUUCUAUGAAAGAUAUACCGAAUAUGCUGCAAGACCCGACUAAUCCGAAGCGUCAACGCAGCCUCCUAGUGGAACUACUAAAACACAUAGUUGGUGGUGCGUCCCGCUCACUCCAAGCACUCGGUUUCACUCUCAUAGACAAAACCAACUUAUUCAUACCGGAGCACCGGCGGAGCCAUUACUGCGAGAGGGCGGACAAGCUAAGAGAACACAUGACGCGAACCCUGGGCACGGACGGAGUGUUCCUGUACCCAGUGUUCACUGGGCCGGCGCACCGCCACCACGAGGUGUUCGCGAGGGCCUCGGGCGUGCUGUACACGAUGCUGUUCAACGUGCUCGGGCUGCCCGCCACCGCCGUGCCUGUGGGGCUGUGCGGGGCCCUGCCGCUCGCUAUACAGGUGAUCGCGGGCCCAAAUCAAGACCGGCUGUGCAUCGCCGUCGCCAGGCAACUGGAGAUCGGCUUCGGAGGCUGGAGGCAUCCUAGACAAUAGGCCAAGGUGGUUGUCGAAAAUAAUAAUAACAAGAUACAUCUUCAUUAUAUGGUAAAGACAAUCGAGCGCGUUAUAAGUCACACACUGUGUGAACGAAACAGGACUAAACAACUUUCACUAUGUGUCCAACUCAGAAACGGGGCCAACUUUUCUAUAAAAAAUAUUGAAUAUGAUUCACCGAAAUAUAUGAGACGGUAGACUUUUAUCGCGAUUUCGGAGUUGGCCCCAUAGUCAAAGUUGUUCAGAAUGACCUACACUACUUAUAGAGUUCGGUUAAUACGGUAAAAUCAGCCUGUAUAAAUUGGCAUUGACAAAUAUUUAUGUUUAAUCUUUAUAAUAAAUAAAUUAUAAUUGGAAAAGAUUAAUGGCAAUUAGAAAAAAUAUCGAGUUUGCUAAUUAUUUAUUUACUUCUACACGGGUUUUUGUUCAGUUUUUUACACACAUGCAUUUUGACAUAAUGUGGGAGAUGAGAUGAAGGGAAACACCGCAUGUGGAAAAUGUUCCCCUCUCACUCGCUCUCACCACAAUCACGACUGGCAAGGUCGCCAUGUGAUGUGGGCGAUGUGUAAGGGACACACCGCAUGUGGAAAAUGUUCCCCUCUCACUCGCUCUCACCACAAUCACGACUGGCAAGGUCGCCAUGUGAUGUGGGCGAUGUGUAAGGGAAACACCGCAUGUGGAAAAUGUUCCCCUCUCACUCGCUCUCACCACAAUCACGACUGGCAAGGUCGCCAUGUGAUGUGGGCGAUGUGUAAGGGAAACACCGCAUGUGGAAAAUGUUCCCCUCUCACUCGCUCUCACCACAAUCACGACUGGCACGGUCGCCAUGAGAUGUGGGAGGUGUGUAAGGGAAACAAAAGUUGUUGUCGGUAUGAUGUUUAUUAUAAUACUGUUUAAUUAAGUUGGGUGUACCCAAUGCUUGGUGGCUUAUACAGUAAUGCUGUAUAAUUAAGUUUGUACAUGCUUAUACACACAUAACAACUUUAUUAGACAGUGAGAGGGAACAUACUACACGCUACAACACAACAUAGAUUGCGUAAAAUGUUGACUGUUGAAAAUUAUUAUUUAUAUAAUUUGUAUCAAUAAUGACAGGUUAUAAAUUUCAAGAGGAAUGAAAAAUGGGUCACUGGAUGUGGGAGUUGUCAUAUAGUGUACCGUUUUUAUGUUCUUGUGUGUACUGUGCACUAUUAAUUCUAUUAUUAUUCAAUAGGUGGUUGUUAAUUUUAUGUUGAUCUUUGUCAAGGGCGUAGACAGCCAGUUAACUAGGGGGAUGGGGGGCAGUUGAUAUCGCCUUAGGCCGGGGGGGGCCAAUGUAUGUCCCCCCACAUACAUUGUAUGUAAAAUUAUAAUGAUAAACAAUUAUAAACGUAUUGAAUUUUAUAUUUCAUAUCUGGGAGACCGAGAUUUGUUCGGAAAACAUAUGAAAACUCGAAAACGCAGGUUUUCCCAGGGAUAAAACCCUGGCUAGAUCUAUUAUUCAUCCCCGAAAACCCCCAUAUAGCAAAUUUAAAAAGGUUCCCAUAGACCCAAAAGUGCAAAAGUCAAACGUUAUCGAAAUUUCAGAAACUUUAUGCUAUGGAGUAGCAUAGGCGAUUGCCACUGGUAUGGCGUGGUUUUGAAACGAACUUACCGUUGGCCACAAAAGUCACUAGCGAUUUCACGGAAUACUAUUUUUGUAUUGAUUUCAUUUCUAUUCGGCAGAAUUACAUUGAUUCAGUAGAAACCAACAGAACAGUACAGCCAACAACAGAAGUAGGCCAGCGAAUGAAGUACCGGAAAUAAUUUACACAAAAUAUGAGCGUGUGGAGAUCGUUUCGAACAUCUUAUAAAAAGCAGUUACUUUUAUCACUUUGAUUCUAAAUUUUAAAUAUUGUCUUAAUGAUACAAAGUUAGCUAUUCCCAGUGAUAUUCAAAAUUAGAAAGAGUAAUGUUACUUUUACGCCAAUGUCGAUAUAAUUCCUGUAGAGUCAGACCAAGCUAAGUUGGCAACGAUUUUGAUAGAUGCAAGUGUUAAGUAAACGUCAUAAUUUCAUAGAAGUUUGACGUUUAAAAUAACCCUUGCACUGUCUGGGCUGUCAAAAUCGCUAGUUGUGUAUUGAGUUACUUUUAUUUUCAUUCGUGUACUCAUAUUUUUUUCUACUCUUACUAAUUUUGAAUAUUACUUUAGCUAUGUGUAAUUGUUAGUUAGACCAAUAAAAUUGGUGUUAUGUAUAGUUAAGCGUAUAUCGAGGGCAAAAAUGGACCUUGUAACUAUGGUAAUAAAAGUUUUCUUACGCAAAUGUAUGAAUAUGAAUUAAGAAACUAAUGACGCAAAUUUUUGUUACGUUUAUGCCUACUUGUGUAUACACAAUGUUAUAAAAAAAGAAAUUCCUUUUUUUUUCAUGGGUUUGUACUUAUAAGAAAUAUCAGUACAAUUUUAUCUGAAUUUAUCUAUUAUAUAAGUAAUAAUUAUCAAUUGUGUUAUGGCGCCUCCCGCAUUGGCUGUUAUAUAACAUCGUGUGACAGGGACAACAUAGUAAAUUACUAUCAAUGUUAUCAUGAUGUCCCUGUCACACGAUGUUGUAUAACUUAUAACAGCCAAUGUGGGAGCACCAUUGGCGUUCAAGUAUAUUCCAACGUUGAUAAAGGAUGCUACACACUGGCGGACCACCUUUUCCGAGUAUUUUAUUUCUUACAAUUCAACUAGUUAAGCUCCAAAAAAAUAUUUAUAUACGAAUAAUAUAUUCAAAUUAUUGUACUGUAAUAUUUCUUUGCAAGGAACUAAAAGUUUAACCAUAUCCCGCCAGUGUUUAUGUUUAUACCUUGACCUUUAUAUGUAAUAUAAGAUAUCAAAUUCAAUAUAAGAUGUAAGUAUACUGUAAUGGUGAUUUUAAUUUAUUGAAAUAUCUCUUGUGUAUAUUUAUUUUCAUAUACCUACUGUACGGUUUAAUUUUUUGACUAAAUGUGCUGUGACGAAAAUAUACAGAUGUGUGAAGGUUUUGGAAAAUAUUUCAUCUACACGAUGACAUUGUGUAGACCUUAUUUUUUGUAUACACUCUCUUUAAAAUGUAAUUUUGCUAUACUGAAUAAAUAUAUAUGAAUUA